GUGCACAAGUAAUAAAAUAAAGUGGAAUGAAAUGCUAAAGACAAAACACACAAACACGCACAAUAACACAAAACUUCAGCCUUUCUCUGCAGGCACUUCUACUGCUACCUCAAGAACAGUUCUUCUGGGAGGCCCAAUGUGCAGACUCCGUUGCAGGGGCAUCACCUGUGGUGUUUCUCUCAAACCCUAAAAAGAUUUUUUUUUUUUUGCCCGACCUAUUAGGACACACAAAGCUAUCACGUAUUAAAGUGUUACACCAGAGGGGGGCAUUGCCACAGCACAGCAACUUCCAUGGCAACUUCUCUUGCCUUCUCUGUUGGUGUGACUUACGAUGUUUUCUGGGUGCGGUCUCCAAAUCUGCAAUAAAGAACAGUAGGGCCCUGAUUAUCUGAAGCGGCUCCUCGACCUCCUCCGAUUAGGUUGUGGUGAAUGCGAUGUGUCAUUUGAGGCUGGAAUUCAACAACUCUAACACAGGCAGGUCCCAACAAAGCACAGCAGUACAUGGUAGAUUAUCAGUAACACCAAUGUUUAGGAGGUAGGUUUGCCCUCGCACCUGCUUUUAGGUGGGGCUUUUCUCUCGUGAAGGGCUUACCCACUAUGGCAAAGGGUUCUUGGUGGUACUAAGGGACUGGAUUGCGGUAAUCCUUACUUUCCCGUGCUUUUUAGUGCAAGAACUGGCCUUUCCUCCAUUCUGCCAGAUUGACAUCACCCAGUUCAUCAGCCUCAGCAGCAGAACCUGGGUUAGACUCUUUAAUCCAGACCUGCAGCUCAGGAGAAAGCAUUCUGAAGUAUUGCUCCAAUUAGGAUUUCACCCAUCUCUUAAACAGUUUUACCCUUUGGGUUAAUUCACUUUCUGUACAACCGUGUAGACAACUCAUUUGGGUUCUCAGAUUUUUUAUCAAGGGAGAGGAAUCUCAGCCUAUGUGUCUCAGGGUUAAUAUCAUAUUCAUGGAGAAUUGAAAAGGUCUCAAAGGAAAAAGGUCUUAACUGCAAAAAGUGUAUUUUUCUAAACAUUAUUCUAUAACAAAGAUUCACCAAGAAAUCCAUUGACAGAGUUAUAGUGCCCAAAUAAAAUAUGUUAACAGAACAUAAAUAUUAAAAACUAAGGUUAACAAAGCAAGAUAUUCACUUAAUUAACCACCCACAAUCGUGUCUGACUAAACAAACCAAAGCAUACAGGAAGGUAGAACCAAAGAUAUGAACCACAAGUCAACACAAACCCUCCCUACGGCCCCUGUGUAGAAGCUCUUGAUAGGUUCCUUGGCUCAGGCUUCUUGCAUAAAAGCAGACUUACACUUUCAGUUCCAUCUUUUUACAACCAAGGAACUCCGCAACCAGGAUUCCUCACUGAACUCUGAACUCCAAACCAAAGAUGGAAACACAUCAGAUUUUGGGGAUUCUUUUGUCCAUCUGCAGCCUCUCCCUUAGUCAAGAAUGUAGAGAACAGCUUGUGCAGGAUAUAGAUUUCCCUGGAUCAGACAUCCUACUUGUCUUCUCUCCCGAUGUUAAUCACUGUCAGCAACUUUGCACCCAGCACCCGGCCUGUCUCUUCUUUACCUAUCUACCUGCUGACUGGACCCGGGACGACAGGAACUUCUACUGCUACCUCAAGAGCAGUUCCUCUGGACAACCCGAUGUGCAGAAUCCGUUGCAGGGGGUCACUUCUGGAUUUUCUCUCAAACCCUGCAACCCAGAUCCAAAGCCUUGUCUGCCUCAGCUGUACUAUGGCGUGGACUUCCCAGGUGCUGACAUCAUAAGCUUGUUCACAGAAGAUGCUGAGGAGUGUCGGAGAGCCUGCACACAGGACCCUGCCUGUCAGUUUUUCACUUUUCUAAAUGAGGACUUCACACCAGUCGUUUACAGGUACAAGUGCCUCCUUAAAUUCAGCUGGCCAGUGGCAACACUUCCAAUUGUUGAAAGAACAGCUGAUUUAGUGUCUGGAUUCUCCAACAAAGUAGGGACAUUUCAAGAGGGUAAACCAGCAUGUCAGGGAAAGCUUUUUCCAAACACCGACAUCCCAGGAAAUGACAUUCUGGUUCUUCCUGCUGCCUCCCCUGGACACUGUCAGAACCUGUGCUCUGCUCACUCACUCUGCACCUUCUUUACUUUUGUCAGUGACGACUUCAAUUGUUACCUGAAGGGCAACAGCAUUGAAUUGGUUCGCAAAGCAAGAGAUGGAUUAACAUCUGGACUACCAGCACGCUUCUGUUGGCCAGACAACAGCUGGGUUAACGCUGCUCUUGAAGGGGUCAAUUUCCAAGGUAAUGACAUUCGCUUUGAACUGACGGACGAUGCGGCCUCUUGUCAGAGGACCUGUAACGAGGAUCCUAACUGCCAGUUCUACAACUAUCUCAAGGCAGAUUUCCCCGACAGCGUUUUCAGGCGGCGCUGCUACCUCAAGCGGUCCAUCACCAUGCCCGCUCCUCCUAGAGUCGCCAAACUGGCCACUGCUGUGUCAGGCUUCCAACUGAGGAACUGCGUGUAAAGUGCUCCAGAAACACACAAAAAGAUGCUGUUGCCUUGUUCUUUAACAUGGACACUUGGUCGGUUGGUUUCCUAACAUCUGUUGACUGCGUUUCAAGCUGCACAUGAUUCUUUUUGUGUGUAAACAAGAGCUAUAAAACAUAAAGAACAUCAGUUUGCUUUCAA